GCAAGAGGGACCAGCAGCAGCAGCAGCAGUACGGGCUGUAGUGCAGGCAGUCUCAGGUACCCACAGCAGCACACGGGGCACCCCCACAGCAGGCAGCACCCACCUACCGCCAUCUUUAGAAGCAAGGAAUUGAACGCAGAAGCUGGGUGCUCUCUCCCCCCUCCCUAUCCAGGCCCCCGUAUCAGAGAAAAGGGGAGGAAAGAAAAUUUGGAGAAUUAACGCUCAAGCAAUCUGAGCCUUUACAGGGAAUCUGAGCUGCAUCUGAGAAUUUCCUCUAUCUACUGCCUUCAGCAACACUGGAUUGUGAGAAACAUUGCGCUUGUGCCCUUUGAGUUCCGGCAUUUGGUUAUUAUUUUGUGGCAGUGCUUAGGUACCAAGACCCAUUUCUAUGGCUUCCAUGGUAGGCAGUGCCUAGGUUGGGUGCAUCUGUGUGCACUGUCACUAAGCCUGCCAGCUGCUAUUGUUUGAAAGGCUGCUGCCCGGCUCCUGGCCCCGGGGCUUAUCAUGCACAAACACCAUCACUGCUGCAAGUGCCCGGAGUGCUACGAGGCGUCCCGCAUGUCUGCCCUGAGAAGGAUGGAGCCCCCCACCUAUGGGGAAUGGCAGCAUGAGCAGUAUGGGGGAAGCUAUGGGGGUUACAGCUCCCAGACCCUGCCAUCUCAGCCUGCUGUCACCCCCACAGCCCGGGGCAAAUCCAAGCUUGUGCCUGCUACACGAGAAAACCUCACCCCCACCCUUAAGGCCCCCCCAAAGAGUGCAACCCCCAAAAUGAAUGGCAACAGUCAAAACUGGUGGCCAGAGUGCACCUGUACUAAUCGGGAUUGGUAUGAGCAGGCGGGAGCUGCUCCUCUCCUAGUGAACACAGACUGUCUGGAUCCAGGCUCCUCGGUAAAUGGCAGCGACACGUUAUAUAAGUAUGAAGAAAUUGUACUAGAAAGGGGCAAUUCCGGUCUAGGCUUCAGCAUUGCCGGAGGAAUUGAUAAUCCGCAUGUUCCUGAUGACCCUGGAAUAUUUAUUACCAAGAUCAUUCCAGGAGGAGCUGCAGCAAUGGAUGGAAGACUUAGUGUUUCAGACUGUGUCCUGCGCGUAAAUGAUGUGGAUGUGACGGAGGUUGUACACAGUAAGGCAGUGGAGGCCUUGAAGGAAGCUGGUCCGGUGGUAAGACUUUUGGUGCGACGCAGACAGAGCCCCCCAGAAACCAUAGUGGAGGUUAAUCUGCUGAAAGGACCCAAAGGACUGGGAUUCAGUAUCGCCGGGGGCAUUGGGAACCAGCACAUCCCUGGGGAUAACAGUAUCUAUAUUACCAAGAUCAUUGAAGGGGGAGCAGCUCAGAAAGACGGAAGGCUUCAGAUUGGAGACAGACUUCUAGCGGUUAAUAACACUAAUCUACAGGAUGUCAGACACGAGGAGGCAGUAGCUGCUUUGAAGAAUACCUCAGAUAUGGUUUAUCUUAAAGUCGCCAAACCGGGCCCUGUUCACCUCAAUGAGAUAUAUGCGCCACCUGACUAUGCCAGCACUUUCACAGUAGAUAACCACAUAAGCCAUAACUCCACUCUGGGGGCAUACCUGAGCAGUAUGGAAAGCAAGUCACCUUAUCCACCACCCCAAGUUACCCCAUCCAGAUUCUCCCCAGUUCCUCGACAUAUGCUUGGAGAAGAAGACUUUACCAGGGAACCACGAAAGAUUAUCCUACAUAAGGGCUCCACAGGACUUGGCUUUAACAUAGUGGGCGGGGAGGAUGGAGAAGGCAUCUUCGUGUCCUUUAUCCUUGCUGGGGGACCUGCUGACCUAAGUGGAGAGCUGCGCCGUGGGGAUCGCAUCCUUUCUGUGAAUGGGGUGAAUUUACGCAGUGCAACUCAUGAACAGGCUGCAGCGGCUCUCAAACGGGCAGGACAGACGGUGACAAUCGUAGCACAAUACCGACCUGAAGAAUAUAGUCGCUUUGAGUCAAAGAUCCAUGAUUUGCGUGAACAAAUGAUGAACAGCAGUAUGAGCUCUGGAUCCGGUUCCCUGCGUACCAGUGAAAAGAGGUCCCUAUAUGUAAGAGCCCUAUUUGACUAUGACCGCUCUCGGGACAGCUGUCUUCCCAGCCAGGGUCUGAGUUUCUCUUAUGGGGACAUACUACACGUCAUCAAUGCAUCUGAUGAUGAAUGGUGGCAGGCACGACUAGUUACACCACAUGGGGAGAGCGAACAGAUUGGUGUUAUUCCCAGCAAAAAACGGGUUGAGAAAAAGGAAAGAGCUCGCCUGAAAACUGUCAAAUUCCAUGGACGCUCAGGCAUAGAUUCUAAUAGGUCCAUCAAAUCCAAGCGUAAAAAGAGUUUCCGAUUGUCUCGCAAGUUUCCAUUUUACAAGAGCCUUGUUCAGGAUAACAGCACUGCACAGGCUGUAACAUCAAACACCAGUGACAGUGAGAGCAGUUCCAAGGGUCAGGAAGACACAAUUUUAUCCUACGAGCCAGUCACUCGACAAGAAAUUCACUACGCUCGACCAGUUAUUAUUCUGGGCCCCCUGAAGGAUCGGGUUAAUGAUGACCUCAUUUCUGAAUUUCCACAUAAAUUUGGAUCCUGUGUUCCCCACACAACGCGGCCGCGAAGGGAAAAUGAAAUGGAUGGACAAGAUUAUCACUUUGUGGGUUCCCGUGAGCAGAUGGAGAAGGACAUUCAGGAAAACAAGUUCAUUGAGGCCGGACAAUUCAAUGACAACCUUUAUGGGACGAGUGUUCAGUCUGUACGAGCAGUGGCUGAGCGGGGAAAGCACUGCAUCCUUGAUGUAUCUGGAAAUGCCAUCAAGAGACUACAACAAGCACAAUUGUUCCCCAUAGCUAUUUUUAUUAAACCAAAAUCUAUAGAAGCUCUCAUGGAAAUGAACCGGAGGCAAACAUUUGAGCAGGCUCAAAAAAUGUUCGAUAAAGCCACCAAGCUGGAGCAAGAGUUUGGAGAAUUUUUUACAGCCAUCGUACAGGGAGACUCUCUAGAGGAAAUCUACAACAAGAUCAAGCAGAUAAUUGAGGAUCAUUCCGGACAUCACAUCUGGGUGCCAUCUCCUGAGAAACUCUAAAGUCUACACUGACCAGAUUAGACAUACCAACCCCAGCCCUGACCCCCACAGUUUCCUCCAUCAGCCCCCUCUUCUGAAUUGUAGGGGUUUUGUGUGAGUUUGUCUGCCAUCAAACGUGGGAGAUCUCUGUCCCAUCAGUUGCCCCAGAAAUGUAUUGGCUCCUGCAAGUUGUCUGAAGCUAUACUGACCCAAUGGUGGGGGGGGUGGAAUUUAUAAGGGGCCGUAAGGAAUAUACAUCCCUCCCCCCACGAGUGGAGGGGGUCAAAAUAGUCUAUGAACAUUCGUUUUAUAAAUGCAAAAAAGGGAAAAAAAAAACAAACCAUGAGACUGUGUUCUUCAUAUCUUACCCCGACCCCUAAUGGAUUGGAAGAAGGCAUAUUUAUAUACAUACAUAUAUAUAUAAUGUAAGUGUGAGUGUGUGUAUAUAUAAUUUAUAUAUGACUAUAUAUAUAUUAUAUAUAUUUUGGCCGUGAUGGGAUAUUGGUCCCUGCUAUUCUAUUGUUUGUAAGGAUUUUUUUAAAGUUCUCUUUUCCUGUGAUUGACAGAGCUGUUGACUCUGUACUGGUACUAUAUAGCCUAUCCAUCAUGGCUGGAUUUGCUUGCUCUGGGUAAGAGGCAAAGGAAUGUCUGCAACAUUUGGCCGGUCAAGCCAGCAUCAAACAUGGGAAAGUGUCAACCAGCGCUCUCGCUGCUUUUCAAGGAGCUCUUCGUCACUCUGCCUCCUUGGACCCCAAACUACAUCGAUGACUCGAACACUGACACAAUGUGCAUUGCCUUUAAGAUUAUUCUCUUGAACAGACAUGAAUCAAACUGGUUCUUCCAUCGUUUGUUGCGCCGAAGGUUCUGUGAACCAGCCUGUUGCGCGUCCCCUGGGAAGAGGCAUAUUCAAACUGAAGACUUAGGGCUGAUCAGCUUUCCCGCCCUCCCCCAUCUUUAUACUAUAGGAGAACAGUCUCGUGCUUUGACAAGCUAUGAUCAUAUCUGUGCCAUUCUAAUGGAUAUUGGCUUCUACAAUGCCUGUAGCGCCGUCUGUUGCAGUGCUGUGUCGCUUGUCCAUCCGUUGGCCACGAACGUAAGGAGCAGUUUGAUUUAUAAUAGGAAUUUUUUAAAUUUUUCUUUUUUUUUUUUUUUAUUUGCCAUCUUUUUUCCCUUCUGUAAACUUGUGAAGGUUCACCUCUGGGAUUUGCACGUGCUAUAUAAGGUGUGCAUGGACACGCUCUCUCUGUUGGUCUUUUCAUGAACCCUAAAGAGCAGAAAAGGCAUCUCUACUCCAAGGACUGACACGGAAUUUGCUCAUCCUAAUGUCACACAAGCCAAGGCGGGGGAUAGAAUGGAAUGUAGGAGGCAAAAUUCCACCAGGAGCAGAAGGUCAAGGGUGAUAUCUGACCCUGCUCCAUCUGCAUGAAGGCUUUUUUUAAAUUUGGUUUUAUUGGACCAGCGACAUCAGCAUUUUUCAUGGUAACUUCCAUUUUAACUGAACGGGUAUAAAAAAAUCAAGUUUUCUUUUAAAAAUUUUCAUUCAAAGAAAGAAAAAAAUAUUUUCUUGUUUUACUUUAGAUCAGUAUUUUGCCACCUGAACAUCUGUGAGCCUGGCACGAUGUAGGAAGGAUUUAGCCUUACAGUAAGAACCAAUCAGUGGUGAGUUUUUACUGACACAGUGCAAAUGAACCUUUUGCUUAUAACCUAAUGUCUGCUGCUGUGUGUCAAUAAAAAAAAAAAGAUGAAAAUGGCAGUUCCUUGAUGCUCUUAUGCUGCUGUUUGUGCUGCUGGAAUGCAUGAAUGUUAGAUUGACCUAAUGAUGUGAAACAUAAAGGGCUUUGGCUUAUCUGCAGGGGGCGGGCGCAGAUAGAGCGUGGUGUUGUGGAGAUCUGCUGCUGGCAGCACAUACCAGAGUGAGAUCUAACAUGCACAGGAUGCUCUGUGCUACUUUUAAAAUGGCUUUUGUCCCCUUUCCUUUUAAAGGAACACAUGAGCGUGCUCUACACAGUGAAAUAAUCUCCUGCUGACUGUGAAGGGGCUCUCUUUAAAGCCCAGUGCUACGCAGUGGGAAACUGUCUCAUUCAAACACAACAAACCCAUUGGUUUAUUUGCCAUAGGAGCUAUGUCACUGUGCGGGAGUGUCGUAGCUGUGCUGUGGAAGCUUGUGUGCAAGGAUACCCGCCCCCGCGCGCACUUGGCACGAUUGGGAGCAGGCUUACUUUGUUGCAAAGUUUAACAUAUUGACUUUUAAAUUGUCUACUGAUUAUCAGCCUAAUAAACAUGAAGCUCAUGUAGAUUUUACGUACAACUUUGCUGGCUGUAUCACAUGAUGUCUGGAUGGAUUGGUGUCCACAUAGAUAUUGGCAUUGCUUUGAGUUUAGGCAAGAGCUUUUUUUUCCCAGUUCUGAAGAGAAAAUAUCUUUGAAACUCAUGUUGAAAUUCACAAACCUCAGGGUCCCUUCCCCGUGGGAAUAGGAAGGAUGCUCUCUUCCAUCAACUUGGUACUGGCAGUGCAGGAGUCAAUCGGACAUUUCAUAUCGUGCCUCCUUUGUGGUGUCCCGGAGCUACUGGUGUUGGUUGCUCCGCACUGCCGAGAUGGAAGCGCAGGGGUUGGACACUUUAGGGCUACUACAUAUUGUUGGCUUUCCUAUGGAUGGUAAGUGAAACUUGGAUUGUGGCCGAGCACGAGCAGAGGCAGAAAUUGGAGCAGCAGGUUUUGUAGCUGACACUGUGGGAAAUGUUAGGAAUUCUCUCUUGCGAUGUUUGAGCCACGUUUUGUGAAGAGCUCGCUUUCCAGAAGCUUUCGGGGUGAUGCAGUCCUACUGCCGCACACGAAAUGGCCGAAGAGCUGAGCAGUUGGUGGUGUGGCUAGAUGUGUUCUAUUACACGACCUUUUCUAUACAUAUAUCUGUCCUUGCCUUUCCCCUUCCCCACUGUAAUUUACAAUAAUUCAGAAACUGAAAUUGAAUCGGAUUGUUUAAAGAAAUGCUGGAAAACCCAGGAGGCACAUAUAUUUUUUAAUAAACGGAGUUACAACCA